CCAGGGCCAGGACCAGGGAGAGAAGGAACAAGGAGGGAAGGACCUAGGAGAGAAGGCUGGACCAGAGGCAUGGAGACAAGGGCCAGGACCAGAAAGGCAAGGAUCAGGGACAGAAGGACCAGAGAGAGAGGGCUGGACCAGGACCAGAAAGGAGCAGGGAGAGAAGGAGCAGGGAGAGGAGGCUGGACCAGGGGCAUGGAGAGAAGGAGCAGGGAGAGAAGGAGCAGGGAGAGGAGGAUGGACCAGGGGCAGGGAGAGAAGGAGCAGGGAGACAAGGAGCAGGGAGAGGAGGAUGGACCAGGGGCAUGGAGAGAAGGAGCAGGGAGACAAGGAGCAGGGAGAGGAGGCUGGACCAGGGGCAUGGAGAGAAAGAGCAGGGAGAGAAGGAGCAGGGAGAGGAGGCUGGACCAGGGGCAUGGAGAGAAGGAGCAGGGAGAGAAGGAGCAGGGAGAGAAGGCUGGAGCAGGGGCAUGGAGACAAGGAGCAGGGAGAGAAGGAGCAGGGAGAGAAGGCUGGAGCAGGGGCAUGGAGAGAAGGAGCAGGGAGAGAAGGCUGGAGCAGGGGCAUGGAGACAAGGAGCAGGGAGAAGAGGGGCAGGGAGAUGCGGGCACCCCAUGGCUCCAUCCUCAGGCAGCUGGCCGUGUGCUGUCUGCCCCUGCAGGUGCCCAAGCCGUGCUGCAGCAGCCUGGGGGUGCAGAGCUCCCUGGGGGUGCACUGCAGCAUCCAGCGCCGGAUCGCUCUCUUCACCGCCUGCCUCCCUCCGCAGCUGCGGCUCCCGGGCAGCGCCGGGCAGCAGAGCCAGAGCCCUGCCGGGGACGAGCCUGCCCAUCUUGCCAGCCAGCCUGCCCUGCAGGUCCUCCUUUCUCCCGACGUUCCCCACCAGACCCUGGCAGGCUUCGUGAAGGCAUCGCAGGGCUUGCACAGGAGCAGCCCCGGGCACUACGAGCGCCUGGUCUGCCUGCUCCUCCUGCAGGCGUGCAUGGGGCUGGAGCACCUCCGAGCGCAGAACGCGGUGCGAGGAGACCUCUGCCCCGACAACCUGCUGCUGGUGCAGUGCCCACGUCCUCCCCGGAGCCAGCAGGGCAAGGAGGUCCCCCCGGGGCUGUGCCUUCCGAGGUUGCUCAUCAGCAGCUUCCUGGAGGUGCAAGGGCAGCGCAGAGCUCUUGGCAGCGGCCGGGAGCAGGAGCGGGCUGGGGGCUGCGCUGCACCGCCCUGCCCGGCGGAGGAUGAGCUGAACGUGGCCCUGCUCAUCUGCCACCUCCUGCACCUGGACAGCUCUCCGGAGCAGGCUUUGGGCUUCAGAGCCCGCAGGCUUCCUGACAUCCCCUCCCUGUCCAUCUACUCCUCGGGGCUCAGGCGCUUGGCCACGCUGCUGCUCCACGCAGACCCCUGCCAGAGGGUCUCGGUCGAGCAGGCAAAGAGCAUCCUGCAGGUCCUGCUCUGGGGGCCUCGCCAGGAGCUCUUUGCCAGGAGCAAGAAGAGCCUGAGGCUGCUGGGCAGCUGGGUGCAGGUGAAGAGGGCUCUGCUGCUCCUGCGGCUGGCAGAGGACUCGGCUGGAGGCGUGGGGAGCCCUGGGCUGGAGGAGUGGCUCUGCUGCCAGUACUUCAAGGAGGUCACCGAGCACAGCCUCUACCAAGCCACCCAGGCUCUCUAUGGUCCUUGAAGGUGAGCUGGAGCUUAGCCCACCCCCAGAGGGCUCCUCCAAGCAGGCAGUGGCACACCAGGAGCCCCAACAAGCUCCUUGGCCACCCACACCCUGAGAAGGUCCCCAGCAAGCACAGCCACACUCCGCAGCGCUGCUGCUGCUGCCCGUGGGCCAGAAAGCACCUGGCAGGGGUUGGUUGUCCCUGCUGAGCUCCAGCCAGCCCUGCUGUGCCACCUCUGCUGUACUAUCCUGAGUGACUACAAGAUGGCAGCAAAGGCCCUGGCACAGCAGCAGCUCAUCCCAGGCCACCUCGGGCAGCAGCUCCUGGAAAAACAAAGGAAGCAAACCCAGCUCCUGCCUGUGUGCCCCUGAGCCAAGCACCUCCGAGCACCCCCACCCUGCAACCCUCCUCCUGGCUUCCAGCCUGGGUGACCUCCUCUUCUUCAGCCAGGAGCAGCUCCAAGUGCCCAAGGUCAGGGAAACAUCUGGCAGGGACUGUGGCUCUCAGGGCAGGAGCAGGAAGGUCUCCACAGCCACAGGUCCCCGUGGGAGGCAGAGCACAGCCACAGCACCCAGACAGGGCCAGAACCUGGCUGGAGACCCAGGAGAGGGACUGUUGAGGAAGAAGCACCCAGUGGCCACGGCCACCUCCUCUCUGCUGGCCUUUGGCACACCAAGGACAAGCUCACAGCAUCCCAGGAUGAGCCAGAGCAGGAUGGAGGAGCCACAGGAACAUUGGCAAGAGGCCUGGGGGAAGGAGACCUCUCCCCUGCCCUGCUCUGCAGCAGAGCCAGGAGCUGUGGUCCCAGAAGAGAGGACAGCUGGGACCAGGCAGCAGGGCAGGACCUGGGGAGCAGAGCUGGGGCAGCAGCAGUGAGAGGGUGACAGAAAGACCUGAAGCUGAUUAAACAGCUAAUUAAGAGCACUGAUUAAAGAGCUAAUUAAGAGCACUCAGCUCCCACUGAGGGGGGGGGGGAAGCAAACUGCACCACAGGCUCUCUGGCAACACUGUGCCACCCCCCCCCGGGGUUGUCCCACUCUCCAGAAGGAAGCUUCUAGGGCUUAUUCCAGGUGAUUCCAGUGCUGCUCAGAGCAUCUACCCAGGGGUGAGCCCUGGGGUGAAGCUGCUCAGCCUGCAGAAGGCUGCAGGGAGAACUUGCAGCAGCCUGUCAGGACCUGGAGAGGCUUCAGGAGAGCUGGGGAAGGACUUUGGGUGAGGGCUGGGAGCGAAAGGAUGAGGGAUAAUUGGGUGUGAGCUGGGAGAGGGAGAGAAGAAAUUCCUGACAGUGAGGAUGGGGAAGACACUGGCACAGGUUUGCCCAGGGAGGUUGUGGAACAGAGGCACAGAAUGUGACCAACUGGCACAGGCAUUGCCUCGGCCCAGCUGCAGGACCUUGCCCUUGGUCUUGUUGCACCUCCUGAGCUUGGCUUGUGCCCACCUCUGCAGCCUGCCCAGCUCCCUCUGGCUGGAUCCUGCCCUCCAGCCUGGCUGCUGCAGCACACAGCUUGGUGUGGGCAGCAAACCUGCUGAGGCUGCACUCAGUGCCUCUGCCCAUGGCACCCACAGAGAUGCUGACCAAGAGUGGUGCCAGGACCGAUCCCUGAGGGACUCCACUUGGCACUGCCCUCUUUGGGUGCAGUCCUCAAGCCAGUUCUGCAUCCAUCAGUGCUCCACCCAGCCUGGACACCAGGCUGUGGUGUGGAACAGCACCAAAGGCCUUGCUCAGGCCCAGCUCAAUGCCAUCAGUUGCUCACCUCUCAUCUGUGAAUGUUGUGACCUGCUCAUAGAAGGCCUCCAGGUUUGCCAGGCAGGACCUGCCCUCGGUGCAGCUAUGCUGAUUGCAGCCCAAUCCCAACCCCCAAUGCCAGAAGCAAGCAAAAAAAAAUGAGCAACACCUUUCCAUACCUGCAACUUUUAAUGGUUUUUGGUUGGGAGGAGGAGGAGGAGGAGGAGGAGGAGAAGGAGGGAAGGAAGCAGUUCCAGAGCCAAUCUCUUCCAAACUUUUGGAGUUGCAAAGAAAAUGCUGUUGGCUUCAUUGGUUGUUUUUUUUUGGG